AUGCCACCUUCACCGCCACUCAAGACGGCAUAUGCGACGCCAGUCGUGCGCUUCUACGUGGACGUGCGGCCAAAGAUCCCGGCAGGCCGCUCCGGCGAUGUGGACCUACCGCUUCUGCAUUCAUUGACCGAGGCUGAGAGAGCCAAGAUCCAAGCAUACAUGCGACCAGCCGACCGACUCAUGUCACUUGCGUCUGCACUGCUUAAGUAUCUCUUCAUACACAGGUAUGCACGCAUACCAUGGGAUGAAGUCAGGAUAUCGAGGACCCCGGAUCCACAUCGGAGGCCGUACUGGGAGCCUGGCGCCGGUUCAACUGGCGACUUCGGCCUCGAGUUCAACGUGUCUCACCAGAAUGGCGUGGUUGUGCUCUUAGGUUGCCGGACGCCCGACGAGCAGAGCCAGGCUUACACCGCGCCUAUCACUCGGGUGCUCAAUGACUCGAUCGAUGGGCCGCCUCUCCCAGAGAAUGCACACGAGCAGGUAAGGCUAGGGGUCGACUUGGCUUGCGCGAAUGAGCACGGGCGAACACCAGCAGAUGUCACUACACAAGCCAAACUGGACGAGUGGGUGGACAUCUUCGAGGAAAUGUUCUCUGAUAGCUGUCGGCAGAACAUGAAGACAGCUGCUAUCCCUGGGGCUGCCUCGAGCACUGAUUUGGUACAGCAGCGAUUUCGCCGCUUCUAUGCUUUCUGGGCGCUGAAGGAGGCCUUCAUCAAGAUGGUCGGGGAAGGGCUGUUAGCUGACUGGCUAGCUAAGCUCGAAUUCGAGAACGUGCAAGCGCCCACUCCAGCAAAAGCGGACGAUUUUCCAGAUGAUGGGUUUAGUUGGGCACUACAAGACGAGGACGAGCUGAAAUGGACGCCGCCAGAACAGGCAAUCAAGCACAUCAGAGCCAGUCUUUACGGCAAACAGCUGAACGAUGUGAACCUGUCUUUGGUGGCGUUCGAGAAUGACUUCUUGCUCGCUACAUCUAUGCACGGGGUGCAAGAUGCGACAGAAGGCACACCUCAAGAACGAUGGAUCAAGCUUGAUCUGGAGCGCGAUUUCCGGCGAUGUGCCGAGGGCAAAUGCACUUGCUUGAAGCAGGAUGUUGUUGAGAUGGCAGGUCCGCUUACUGCUACAGGCUCAGCUUCGACUACCGAUGCUGUGCCGUAUGCAUUGGCUCCUGGCAAAGCCUACCGCCUUUAUAGUUGCAAAACCGUCCUCGAAAAGGCUGGCUCCAAGCUAUUCCACCCGCUCCCACCGCAGCACCGCCCGCCUCAGACUCCCGUCUUCAGCAAACAUAUCCCGCCUAGGCCUCAACUCCAUCACUUUCGCUCUCUUCCCGUCUCCGCCUUCCCACUCAAGGACCUGAACCCUUCGAACCUCCCAUCCACCAAUCCUUUCCGGAUCAGUCGCAACAUCGACCUUCGUCCUCCACCACAGCCCUUGGACGUCUUCAUAGAGCUCGACGCGACCGCAAUACAUCGAGUGGCCACGGGCAACGUGUGCGACUUCGGCGUCGGGAGCGACUUGCCAUUUGGCUUUGGAGGGGAGGGAUCCAAGGUUGGCGCGGUUGGUGAGGUGGGCGGAGAGGCUAAGGUGGCCCAGAGGACCUGGUCAGAAGGGUCUGGCAUCUGUGCAUAG